GAGCCCCCUCUCCGCUAGAAAGCUUUCUCAGCGGAGCGCGGCGAGCGCGUCAAGCGGGUCUAGCGAAGCAAAAUGGCUGCCCCCAGUGCUGCUGGCCCGUCAACGAGCUCGUUGGAAUCGCGAGGUGCAAAACGCAAACCUAGAGUACACUUUAGAAGACACGAGGAUCUUCUUCUACUUCGGGAGGUUGUGGCGAUAAAUCCAUUUCAGAACCCUGCCAUGUGGGAAACACUUCUCACGAACGUGAUCGCAGUCCUGCGCAGGGACGUCUCGCUUCGUGCGAUCAAAGAUCGCGUGGAGCUGCUAGUCGGCUACUUCAGACAGGACGACCGAGAGAACCUGCGGAAGUCCGGCACCGAGGAACAGUACGAUGAGCUGCAGCGGCUGCUGCAAGAAGUCUCUGACUUGGCGCGGGAAUUCAAUUAUGUGAUGAAAAUAAAACCGAGGAAACGAAAAGGGGUCGCGGAGGUGCGACGGCAGCAGGGACCGUCAGCUGCUGCCAAGGCAACUACCAGUGCGCAGCGUAUGAGAGACGCCGCUGCCGAGACCCUCGCAUCGCAGUCCAGCCAUGUCGUGGACAGAGAGUUGAACGAAAUCGAGUCGCCAGCUGCAGAGCUGCUCUGCGGCAUCUAUUCUGUCGAGUCACACUCUCCAGUAUACGAAUGCCCUAUGCCGAAUUCCCCUGCACCUCCGGACGCCAGGCCAGUGGAGGAUGCCUCGGAUGACGGCAAUAUCGGAACACCUGAGCAGCAACCUCAACGCAAGCGACAGUGCGUUCCAGGAACUGCACGAGGAAUCCGAGCAUUACAAGAGCUUGGAUUGGAGCUCCUGGCCAGACGGGAGGAGCACGAGUUUUCUGUCCGCAAAGAAGAACUGGCCCUGGCACAGCGUAGGCUAGAGUAUGACGAAAGGAAGCUUGCUUUCGAAGAAGAAAAGCACAGAUGUGGCCAAAAAUAUGUCUAUCCCUUUGGAUACCCAUAUUCUUCUCAUUGUGUACGGUAUGAAGUGCAGCGUCGAGCUGAAGAAAGAGAGCAGCUUUUGGAACGACUGGAAAACCUCGAGAGACGUGUCGAUAAAGAAAAUCGCCCGAGCCUGUGAUAAAAGUUUGUUUAGCUUUGAGCACAAUAAAUUGUUUUACAAUAUAAAGUACACAGAGUCCAUGUGCUGUGACC